GCUUCCUUCUGGUGGAACGUGGCGCGCCAACGUCGUGGCUGGGCGAUAAUGUCUUCACCCCAAGUGGCGCUCAUAUUGCUAUCGCUGUUGAUCGUUGUCCUCGCCGUUCCGUGGGACAGUGUACAGCAGAGGCAGCGCGAAACGGCGCGCCAGCAGUGGGAGGUCACAUGGGCAAAGGAGAAAGAGCAGCUUGAGAAAGAACGGCAUACCUGGGAGCUCGCUUGGUCUCUUGAAAAGGAACAGCGCGAGAAAGAACAGAUGAACGACGAAAAGUGCUUCUGCUCAGAUGAGCGACCAUUCGGCUUGAAUUGGGAAGGACUGCAAGGCCACCACUGUAUCUCUUACGGCUGGCGAGAGUACACUGCAAGAUUAUUUUCUGAUGGAUGUCCUCACAUCCCCCUCUCUAUCUCUGGUAAGAAAAAGGAAGUGCCAUAUAAAUGCACGUCUGAGAGGUCGAGGAAGAUGGGCCACUGGAUUCUUGCAGAUGACGUUUGCAGGACGAACUGGGGAGAACUGUACGAUCGGGGUUGUGUGGCUAACGGGAAACAUCGUUAUGAAGCCCGCCUGGUCAACGUCCGGGCCGGCGAUGAUUGGGAGCGAAUGUGCAGUUCUACUCCGGCCACGAUAGCCGGCGAAUACUUUCCGAUCCCCACAUUCUGCGAGAAUAGGGGUUUGUUCGAGAUGGGAGUUUGGGACACUAAAGACCCGCGCUGCAAAUAGAAAGGUUCCUGUUCCUGCUGAAACGACCGCAGACUCUGAAACAUUUGCAUGAUUGCGUCGCUAGUUGAUCCUUCAUCCCACCUGUAUGAACACCUGUUGUCUUUGUUGCUCUUUUCCUGCUCUCUUCUGUGUUACUGCUUUCUUUUGCUGUCAGUUGUAUAUAGUAUUCCAAUGAUCUACCUGCCGAGUUUCCCAG